UUAGAACUAAAAAUAGCCCGAAGAAUUGCCCGAGUUAGAACGGCACAGUUUCGUUGUAUGACGUGAGGCAUCUGUACGUUAGUAUUAUAUGAUCUGUGGUAUUACAAAUAUGGUAACAUUAUUUUACAAGCAAAUAUCAGUAAAUUUUCUGACUUUUAUUAUUGUUUUUAAAUGCUAUAUGCUCAGUGCUAAGUAGUUAAUGCUAUAUGCAGCAAACUACAAUAAGUCACAUAAAAAAGAGUAAGUCAGUAAGGCAAAAAUCAUGUCAUGUAAUUAAUUUAUCAUGGUAACAUUCUUUUAAAUUAGUGUUGUGCCAAAAUUACAGGAGCUUUUGAUAAAAAAAAAAACAUCAAUUCAUAUACAUUAAGUUAUUGCACAAUGUAAGUGCUAUUUGACUCCAUACAAUAACAUGCUUAAACAUCUAUAACACCUAAAUAAUAUUUUGAAAAAUAAAUUGAAACAAAGGAAAAGUAACUUAUGCACUAAUAUUUUCCUUACAAAAACUUGACUUACAUAGAAUUAUUUACUAUUAAUCAGCAUUGCCCUGUUUCACAAUGUUUAUUGUCAUUCAGGCCUGUUUUGAUUCAGUCAUAUUUCAGACAUAAUAAGUACAUUAUGAAAAAUGUGUAGGUAUAUGAUGUAAAGUAAAUGUUUGAUUGACAAGGCAGAAAUUCUGCCUUGUCUAUCGUAUGGAUGUCAAACAUGGUCUCUUACGAAAGUUCAAGCCAAAAAAAUUCAAGUUUGUCAGAACAGUAUGGAGAGGAGCAUCCUAAAAGUUAGAAGAAAAGACAGAGUGAGACUGACCGAUAUAAGGAAAAAGACGAAGGUCAAAGACAUAACAGAACACAUAAGAAAAAUCAAAUGGCGUUGGACUGGACAUAUGAUGCGAGAAAAAAUUGAGAAAUGGACAAAAGACGUAACCGAGUGGUACCCCAGAUACGGAACAAGAAAGAGAGGAAGACCAAUUAAGAGAUGGGAAGAAGAGAUAAAAAAUACAGCAGGAAAUAUGUGGAGAAGGCUGGCGAGAGACAGGGAUAAGUGGAAAGAGCUGGAGGAGGCCUUUGUCAAAAGACAAAUGGACGAAGAGCAUAAUUAAACACAUCUUUAUUUCUUUUUUAAUAUUAUGUAUAAGCUAAAAAAAAAAAAAAAAAAAAAAAAAUUGUUACAAUAAGUCCAUAAUAAAGGCUAUAUCUAUCUAUCUAUCUAUCUAUCUAUCUAAAUGUUUGAUUAAAUUGGCCAUUUCUGUUAUUUUAGGUGCAAGGGUGCCUCUAAACAGAAGCUAAGAUGGCGGAGGUGGACCCAGAGACGCUGCUGGAAUGGCUGCUGACCGGGCAGGGCGACGAGCGCGACAUGCAGCUGAUCGCGCUCGAGCAACUGUGCAUGUUGCUGCUUAUGUCCGACAACGUCGACAGGUGCUUCGAGAGCUGUCCCCCACGAACCUUCUUGCCGGCCCUCUGCAAGAUAUUCCUCGAUGAAUGUGCUCCAGACAAUGUCUUGGAAGUCACUGCCAGGGCUAUCACAUACUAUCUGGAUGUUUCGGCUGAAUGUACGAGGCGCAUCGUAGCCAUCGAAGGAGCCGUCAAGGCUAUCUGCAGCCGCCUGCUCACUGUGGACCCUAACAACCGCACCAGCCGGGACUUGGCUGAACAAUGUAUCAAGGUAUUGGAGCUAGUGUGCACCCGUGAGGCGGGCGCGGUGUGGGAGGGCGGCGGUCUACCCGCGGUUCUGCACUUCAUCACCCACCAUGGAACUUCGGUGCACAAGGACACCCUGCACUCGGCUAUGGCGGUCGUUUCCAGAGUGUGCGGCAAGAUGGAGCCGGGCGACGCCCGCGUGGGCGACGCGGUGUCGUCGCUGUCGGCGCUGCUGCGGCACAGCGACGCGCGCGUGGCGGACGCGGCGCUGCGCUGCUUCGCCUCGCUGGCGGACCGCUUCGCGCGUGCGCACGCCGACCCCGCGCCGCUCGCCGAACACGGACUUAUCGAGGAGCUGGUGCGGCGACUGGGCAGCACUGACAGCGGCGAAGACAAGUGCAUGGCGCCCUCUGUCUCCACCACCGUCAGCCUGCUCUCCACGCUCUGUCGUGGUUCUGCGCAAAUUACACAUGACUUGGUGCGGCUCGAGUUGUGUUCAGCGAUCGAGGCGGCGGUGCAGGCAGACGAGAGGUGGUGUUUGGAAUGCAUGCGGCUGGUCGACCUCCUGCUCGUGUUGCUGUGUGAGGGCCGACAUGCUAUACAAACCCGUGGUGUGGGGUCGGCGUCCGGGUCGAGCACUAGCGGCGCGAGCGGCGAGGGAUCCAGCGGCGGCACCGUCAGCACCGGCCCUCGAGGAGACAAGUCACACAGGCAACUGAUUGACUGCAUCCGCGGUAAAGACACGGACGCGCUAUUGGCCGCUGUCUCGAGCGGCGCGGUCGACGUCAACUUCACAGAUGAUGUCGGACAGACGCUGCUCAACUGGGCCGCUGCCUUCGGUACCAGGGAAAUGGUUGAGUUUUUGUGUGAAAAAGGUGCGGACGUAAACAAAGGGCAGCGCAGCUCGUCGCUCCACUACGCCGCCUGCUUCGGAAGACCAGCGAUUGCUAAGGUGUUGCUUCGUUACGGGGCCAACGCCGACCUGCGGGACGAGGAUGGCAAGACGCCUCUUGAUAAAGCUAGAGAACGACACGAUCAGGGUCACCGCGAGGUAGCAUCGAUACUGCAGUGUCCCGGCGAAUGGCUGGUGGUGGGCAACCACGACUCCCCGACCACUUCCAACGACGACGACUUCCCGGAGACGGGCGACAAGGAGAUGGCUGCUAUUUAUCUAGAGCGGCUGGUGCCGGUGUUCUGCGCGCGCUACCUGGGCGCGGGCGGCGCGGGCGUGCGGCGCGCGUGCCUGUCGCUGGUGCGCAAGAUGGUGCACUACGCGCCCGCGCCGCUGCUGCGGCACGUGUCCGCCGCGCACGCCGCCGCGCUGCUCACGCAGCUCGUCGCCGCUGUCAUCGACAACGUCGAUGACGACGAUGGUCACCUGAUCGUGCUGGGCAUCGCUGAGGAGCUGAUGGUGAAGGCGUCGGACAUCUACUUGGAGCAGUUCGCUCGUUUGGGCGUGUUCAGCAAAGUGGAGGCGCUGGCCGCAGCGCCUGCGUCACACCUCGUCUCUGAUUCUGAGAACGCUUCUGCUACAGCUAUGCUUCCGACAGCAGGGAGUGGCGAGGACGCGAUGUGCCUGUCUAGCGGCGUGGCGUACUCGUGGGGCGAGUGGUCGGUGUGCCGCGGCCGCGACGCGCUGUACGUGUGGAGCGACGCGGCGGCGCUGGAACUCAGCACCGGCAGCAACGGCUGGUUCCGCUUUCUGCUGGACGGCAAGCUCGCCACCAUGUACUCCAGCGGCAGCCCCGAGCACCAGACUGAUAACACUGAAAAUCGUGGCGAGUUUAUAGAUAAGCUUCAAAGAGCUAGAGCGUCAGUAAAGAACACAGUGCCUCUGCCGAUACUCUCGAAGCCUGGGCCCGCGAAACUCAUACUUGGCAACUGGGCUUUGUCGUGUAUAAAGGAAAAGGAACUUCUUAUCCACAACACAGAUGGGCAGCAGCAAACGACGAUUCUUAGGGAGGAUUUACCUGGUUUCAUCUUCGAAUCUAAUAGGGGUACUAAGCAUUCUUUCACUGCUGAAACAUUUUUAGGUCCGGAGCUAGCAAGUGGGUGGGCGGGUCGACGACCUCAGCAAGCCAACAAUGCUACAACUAGUCAGAGUCGCUCUCGUCUGUCAGCCAAAACUGAGGCCCUCAAGGCACAGGUGGGAGAGCGGGCCCGCGCGCUGUACUCGCGGCACCUGGCCAGCGCAGCCACGCGGCAGCCGCGGCCGCCCGUGGCGCGCCUGCGGGCCCUGCUGGCGAGGAUGCAGCGCCUCGCUACACAACCUACUGGUGAUUGGCAACAAGAGCUGAAUGAAGCGUUGGAAUCACUGGGUGAACUACUAUGUGGUGAAGAGCUUCUCUCUGCGUAUGAGCUGCAGUCUUCCGGCCUGGCCCCCGCACUGUUACAGGUGCUGUCACCCCAGGCUAAUGACGCGUGCGGGCAGGCGGCGGAGCGCGAGCACAUCGUGCGGUCGUGGGUGCGCGGGCGCGGCGCGGCGGGCGCGGCGCUGGCGGCGCGGCUGGUGGCCGUGCUGGAGUCCGUGGAGCGCUUGGCCGUGCACGCGCCCGCCAGUGACGCGCCGCCGCCGCAGGCCGGCGCGCUGCACCACCUCACCAAGAGGAUCCGGUUGCGUGUAGAGCGUGCAAACGAGGAUUCUGAAGAAGUAGCGAACAAUAACAACAACAACGGUAGGAACCUCAAGGUAGAAGCUCUGGUGACUGUGCGGCAACUUGAGCGGUUCCUCGCGAAGUCUGUCGCGCGCCAGUGGUACGACAUGGAGCGCGCUACCUUCAGUUUUGUGCAAAAGAUUAAGGCUGAGGCACCCAUCACAUUCACUUACGAUCAUGAUUUUGACGAGAAUGGCGUUCUAUACUUCAUCGGCACAAAUGGAGGUACUUGUGAGUGGGUGAACCCGGGUGCUCACGGUCUAGUCAGCGUGUGGUCUUCAGACGGCCGCCAGUUACCAUACGGCAGGGCAGAGGACGCCCUCUCCAGAUCUCCGGAACCUUUGAAUGUUCACACGAAUGAUGACAGAAGAGCUUUCAUUGCGCUCGAUCUUGGACUGCAUAUCGUGCCUUCCGCGUAUACAUUGCGACAUGCUCGCGGCUAUGGACGAUCUGCACUCCGAAAUUGGUUGUUCCAAAUGUCAAUGGACGGCGUGACAUGGAGCACACUCCUCGCACACAACGACGAGCAAGCCCUACAGGAGCCUGGCAGCACGGCCACGUGGCGCGUGCGAGCUGACGCCUCCUACCGGUACCUACGCAUACAGCAGAACGGCAAGAACGCCAGCGGCCAGAACCACUACCUGUCACUGUCCGGACUCGAGGUCUAUGGAAAGGUGGUGAGCGUAGUGGACAUCCCCCCGCGCCAGUGCGGCGGCGGCGGCGCGCAGGGCGCGGCCCGCGGCGGCACGCGGCGCCUGUCCCGCGGCACGCGCGGCCUGUGCGCCGGCGCGCGCGUGCUGCGCGGGCCCGACUGGAAGUGGCGCGACCAGGACGGGCCGCACCCCGCCAUGGGCACCGUCACCUCCGACCUGCACAACGGAUGGGUCGAUGUCAGGUGGGACCACGGAGGACGAAACUCAUACCGUAUGGGUGCAGAAGGCAAGUUCGACUUGAAGGUGGUGAGUGGGGGCGCCGGCGCGACCACGUCAAAUGCGACAGGAGCCGCCGUUAGCGAGGGCGCGCGGAGCGGCCGCAAGAGCCACUCCACGCCUAGCUUGCCCGAUGCUACGGCUGUUGACCAUCAGAUGUCAGUGGCGUCGACGGAGCAGGCGUCGUCUGCGGAUAACAUCUCCGGCGAGGAGCUGGCAAGCAACAUGACGCGGCCGCGCAUGCACGCCACCGACCUCUCCGCCAUCAACAACUCCACGCACCACAUCAACACUGAUCUCGCUACGAUCGUAGAGUCCCUCACUCUGGGCGCUGAGGGCAACAACUGCAUGGCUGAUCUCGGGAACACAUCCUUCACCAACAUGGACAUGGGACCUACUAGUAUUACAGAUAUCACCAAACCAUACCCUGCCAAAGAACCCGUACCAGAAGGCAACAGCCAAGAAUGUGACGACAAUGAGGGCGGCGAGGGCCAGUACGGCGACCACAAGAAGGAGCAGUCUGGCGGCUCUGGAAACAUGAGUGCUAGCGAGCCGGAUUUGACACAACAGGGUGCUGCACGUCUGCUAGAGUCGUUGGGAGUGGGUCGCGGUGCGAGCGCGGGCCGCGGGAACAACCCGCAGAGGACCAACCGCACCAAUCACUCUAGCAGCCUUUUCCCUAGCCUGGUGCGUCUGGCUUUAUCAAGCAACUUCCCCGGCGGCUUGCUGUCGGCUGCACAGAGCUACCCCUCUUUAGCUCCCAACGCGCAGAAUGCUCUCACUCUCUCACUCACCUCCACUUCUAGCGAGAGUGAACAGGUAUCCCUGGAAGACUUCCUGGAGUCAUGCCGCGCGCCAGCGCUGCUGACGGAGUUGGAAGAUGACGACGACGCGGACGACGCGCUCGACAGCGACAAGGAGAACGAGCCUACCUAUCAGGAAGUGGCGUCGUUCUACCAGGUGUCGCGGAACCUGCUGUCGCUGAUGGAGGAGGAGGCGCUGGAGGCUGUGCGCGGGGGCGCGGGCGGGGCCUCGCGGCAACGGCGGCCCUGGGACGACGACUUCGUGCUCAAGCGGCAGUUCUCCGCGCUCAUACCAGCCUUCGAUCCCCGCCCCGGACGCACCAACCUCAAUCAGACUGUUGAUCUCGAUAUACCGCUGGAGGAGGCGUCGGACGAAGAGGAAGCAUCUGAACCGACGGCGAGCGGCACUGCUGAAGAGACCGCGAGUGGAGCUGGUGCUACUGGCGGUGCUAAUAGCACGAGCGGCCGCCUGCCCGCGCUGCGACUCGUGCUGAGCGCGGCCGGAGCCUCGCUGCCACUGGAGAGAUCCUCGUGGACCUUGUACCGAGCUGUGUUGGCGCUCAACGCACGCCUGCCCGCACACGAUACACAUAGGGACACUACUUACACGUUGACGUAUAAGGAGAUCGAAGGUAUGGAGACAUUCGCUUCUUCAAGUGACAGCGAAGAUGACGAGCCCUGUGAUCCAGAGCGAGGCAUCGCUGGCGCAGAAGGCACGGAGGGGGCAAUGGCGACAUGUUGCGUGCGCGUACUGAAGCGCUUGCGCGCGGCCGCCCCGGAACUAGCCAGCGAAGCUUUUGUCUCCACCAAGCUGACCAACAAGCUGCACCAACAGCUACAGGAGCCCCUAGCGCUCGCAGCCGCCGCUACGCCGCACUGGUGCCACCAGCUCAACGACUGGUGCCCCUUCCUCUUCCCGCUGGAGACGAGACAGAUGUUCUUCGCCUGUACUGCCUUCGGUACCUCCAGAACAAUCGUGUGGCUGCAGGCGCAACGCGACCGCGCGUUGGAUAGGCAAAGGGCUGCCAAUACGGUGUCUCCCCGGCGGGCCGAGAUGGAAGCGACGGAGUUCCGUAUGGGCAGGCUGCGGCACGAACGAGUGCGGAUACCUCGCUCGCCCGACCUGUUGCGGUCUGCUAUGCAGGUGAUGCGAGUACACGCGGGCCGGAAGUCAGUGCUUGAAGUGGAGUUCGCGGGCGAGGAGGGCACUGGGCUGGGCCCUACGCUGGAGUUCUAUGCGCUGGUGGCGGCCGAGCUGCAGCGCGCCGACCUCUACAUGUGGCUGCACGACGUACCGCACCCCGACGACGAGGACGGGCCGCACCACCUCGCGUUGCCUGACGAACGUCCUCCGGGCUACUAUGUGACGCGCGCCGGAGGCCUGUUCCCGGCGUCUCUGCCGCAAGAUUCCCCCAUCUGUGAUAAAGUUUGCAAAUAUUUCUGGUUCCUAGGAGUAUUCUUAGCUAAGGUUCUACAAGACGGAAGACUCGUGGACCUGCCUCUAUCAGAGCCGUUCUUACUUCUAAUGUGCGGUGAAGAGUUGACCACUGAACACCUCAAAGAGGUCGACCCUAUUAGGCACAGGUUCUUAGAGAAAGUGUUGGAAGCAGCGGACGAAUACGAGACGAUCUCACGUAACAGCUCACUAUCAGAAGAGGAGCGCACGCGUCUCAUAGACGAGUUGUGCGUAGAGGGCGCCACCUUCGAUCAACUGGCGCUCACAAUGACGCACGUGGCCUCCCAGGCCGACCCCGCCGCCGCUGUACAACCGCUUUGUGAUAGCGGCGAGCAUAUCGAGGUGGGUGCCCACAACGCGCGCGCGUACGCCGAGGCGAGCGCGCGCUGGAUCGUGCGCGAGGGCAUCCGGCGGCAGGUGGCGGCGUUCCGGCGCGGGUUCGCGGGCGUGUUCCCGCCGCGCCGCCUGCGCGCCUUCUCGCCCGCCGAGCUGCGCCUGCUGCUGUGCGGCGAGCGCGGGCCCGCCUGGACGAGGGAACACCUGCUGCAGUACACCGAGCCCAAGCUCGGGUACACCAAGGACAGCCCUGGCUUCCUGCGCUUGGUGGACGUUCUGGUGGAGAUGUCGUGGCGCGAGCGUAAGGCGUUCCUGCAGUUCGCAACCGGCUGCAGCAGCCUGCCGCCCGGCGGGCUUGCUAACCUGCAUCCGAGGCUCACCGUCGUCAGGAAGGUGGACGCUGGUGACGGGUCGUAUCCGUCGGUAAACACGUGCGUACACUACUUGAAGCUGCCGGAGUAUUCCUGCAAGGAGGUGCUGCGCGAGCGUCUGCUUGCCGCCACUAAUGAGCGAGGCUUCCAUCUCAACUAGACGAUAGAAUGCACUGUUGUACGUACUCCCCAACAGAGUUACGAGUUAAUUCUUCUACUUCUGAUUAUGAAUACAAUAAGUCCAAUUUCUAAUCGCCGUGGACACAUUCUGUAGGAUUACGAUUGCUUUGACAAUGUGUAAAUGAUGACUUAUACAACCAUCAUAUUAAUACUUCUAUACACAGAAAUACAUCAAACUACAGGAGAAGCUGGGCCGUAUUGAAUUUUGCCCGUACAAAGCUUGUACGCUCCCAGAUCACUUGUGUGAUUUUGUGAUGUUUAUAAUUUGAAAAGACUUGUUUUGAAAAGGUCAAACAGCUUUAUGUGGUCAAAUAGUAUUAUAGUUAAUUACAAAAGGCGUAUUCUCUUUUCACAGUCUUUACGUUUAUGUCAUAAUAGUUGUAUUGGCUAAAUCAAACAUAGAAUUUUCAAUAGAUAUUAAAUAAUGGUACAUAACUCAAGGUUACGGUUUAAAUGACAUAAAUUCUUGUAAAAACGUUUUAGAUGAAAAUUCAAAUAUUUGUUCGAUCACUCAUAGAAGUUGUAUUUGUGCUUUUGGGUUUGUAUAAGAUUUUAGUUUUGGUCGUCUGUGGUUUUAGACUAAAUUAAAAGUAAAUAAUGAGGCUUUUAUUCGCCGAGUGUAUAUUUUGGCCUAGUAUAGAUCUCUGUGAUGUUGAUGGAGUGCAGUCGAUUCGAUGGUAAUUAUCGGUGUAACAGGUUUCGGUAAUAGUUAUUUUUCACUAUUGUAAUGAUGUAUAAUAAUGUUUUUUUCUUAUAAUAUAUUUAUACUCUUUAUAUAAGUAAUUUUUGAAAAUUACUCUGAUUAUUUUCGCAUGUAAUAUAAAGUAAUAUUGGAUAGUUUUUACUAACAUUAAUACUUUUAAUACUACCUCUUCUAUUUCUUUUUGAUAUCUUUGGCAUUAUAACAUAUUCAUCUUUAUUUUUAUAUCCAUUGUAAUUAUCCUAGAGCCGAGUGUACUGCUAGGGUAGGAAUAUAUAAGAUUUUCUUCGUAUGAGCUCUAUUAACGACUAAAAUUUUCCCAUUUUGUAGCUCAAUGUGAUAGAUGUGCGCGCCGAAUGUUCGUUGCUUGCACUUUUCAUAUCACAUUUAUGUCGUUUUAGGAAUGAUAUACAAGUAAUGCGUGCCGCACGAUGAGAUACAUGUCUAUCCUGUGUGUGGUAUGGCAUCGUAUUUGUGGUUUGGCAGCAAUUUUAAGACUUAUUUUUGAAUCUUAUACUUUCAAUGUAUUCGAGUGUUUGGGGUUUGUGCUUCCUCGUGAAAUGUUUGAAAAUAUUAAGAUCGAUGUUACCUGGACGGCGGAGGUUGUAUAAGUGAAGUUGAUUAUAGAAUAUUUAAUCUCAAAUAAACAAUUUAAUACUAACAAAGAAGCGGAAGAUUCACUAGGACUGAAAAUGAAAGGAAAAAUAAUUAACUUCGGGGUGUGAGACACUUUAGUAUUGUAUGAACUACAUUUAGCUAUGUUCCUUUAGUUAAAUAAUUUGUCAACUGAAAGUUGGUAUUGUGAUUUAUUCUAUAAAAAAUAUUGUACGAAUAAAAUAUAUUUAGAUUAAAUUUAAUAGGUAGGUAUUUAGAUUAAAAUUAUUAACAAUAUAUCAUCUUGUAGUACUUCAAUAUUUGUUGAGGAUUGCAUAAAUAAAUAAGCCAAAAUGUACAA